GUUGGUGCCGAGCAGCCGGUGGGACUUUUAUUUUGAAAGCCGCCCCCAUAGUUACCCCGUAGUACCGAGCAGCGUGCAGCAUGGCGCAGGACGGAGUGGUAAAACCGAAGACGAAGCGGUCCAAACGCUUCCUGCAGAGCAGAGAGCCGAAGCUGGUGGAGGACUUGAAGAAUGCAAUGAUCAUGAAAGGAGGCAACACGAGUGACACGGUCACUCAGGCCCUGAAGGACAUUUACGCGUUAAAGAAACCAAAUGCAGUUCUAUACAAAAAGAAGAACAUCAUGAGGCCGUUUGAAGACUCCACAUCACUGGAAUUCUUCUCCAAGAAGACGGACUGCUCCCUGUUUUUAUUCGGGUCACACAAUAAGAAAAGACCCAAUAACCUCGUAUUCGGUCGCUUGUUUGAUUUCCACGUGCUGGACAUGUUCGAGCUCGGCAUUGAGAAGUUUAAGUCUCUGAAAGACGUCAAGAAUGAGAAGUGUCCAGAGGGCACUAAGCCCAUGCUGGUGUUUGCUGGUGAGCUUUUCAACACAGAUAAUGAACUCGUACGCCUCCGCAACGCCCUGACAGAUUUUUUUCGUGGUCCUGCUGUACCUGCAGUGCGUUUAGCUGGCCUGGAGCACAUUCUCCACUUCACUGCGGCGGAUGGGAAGAUCUACAUGCGGAGCUACAGAGUGCUGCUGAAGAAGUCCGGCUGUCGGACCCCCCGCAUCGAGCUGGAGGAGAUCGGACCCUCGUUUGAUUUCGUCCUGAGGAGAACUCACCUGGCCUCUGACGACCUGUACAAGACGGCCCACAGACAGCCGAAAGCCCUGAAGCCCAAGAAGAAGAAGAACGUCUCCCACGAUGCCUUUGGCACCAAGUACGGCCGGCUGCACAUGCAGAAACAGAACCUGGACAAACUGCAGACGAGGAAGAUGAAGGGACUGAGGAAGAGGAGCAGAGCGGCAGUCACGGAGAACGGAGAACCCACGCCGCCCAAAAGAGCCAGAACUGGCAAGUAGUUCUGACGGGGGGGCGCUGAGCUGACCGACCUGCUCUGGACUGUGGAGAACGCGUCCCAGGCGUUCCUGAAGGCCCUGCUGGACUCCCGUCUCCUGACUUCACUCUUCUCGAUUUCUCAGAGUUUAACAUUGACGUUCCAUCCGAUGAGGCGGGUCUUCGGCGCACGCCGCGCUCAAAGCUUCAUUUGUGUUCGAUUCAGUAAAUAAACAGUAACUGUGCUAUUUACACUCACAUCAACAGAACCGUGGAACCUGACCAGCGCACGACUGUACUGGGGUUCGUGAUCAACGCCAGAAGAAGCAAAGCUCCUCCAGCUGGUUCGGUUCCACAGUUACUGGCUUGUGCUCAGUGUGAACAACGUUAUGGGCUGUAGUAUAUUUCUGCAUCAUUUCAUGACAUGUACACUCUUAAAAAGAUGGUUCUUCAAGGGUUCUUUAGUUUAAAAAAGGUUCUGCUUAGAACUUUUUAAAAAAUGGGUUCUGUUACACACUCGACAUCGUAACUAUGGAAAACCCCCUUUUUGAUGCUCUGAACACGGUUUUCAAAAGAGUUCUGUAUAGAACCGUCUACAGUACAGUUUCCGUCAGGCUGAGGAACGCUCAUCGUGUGAAGAAUCCUUUAAUCAUGCAGAAUGUUCUUUGAGUGUUCAUGGUUCUAAAUUGUCUUCACAAGAGAACCCUUGAAGGACCAUCUCUUUUUUUUUUUUUUUUUUAAGGCUGCACACUCUAGACGAUUUCUUCAUGAAUUCUUUAUGGAACAAUGAACACUCCCAUUCAGAACCGCUUGGUUCUCUGUGUAGUGAAAUGGUUUUCAGAUUGGUGUAGAAUGUGUUGGAUCUGUGUAGCACCAGGUUCUGCUUUUGUGACGAUAGAAGAGCCCUUUCUGGUGCUCAAUAGAAACACGUUCUCCGCCAAUCUGAAAACCAUUUCACCGUGCAGAGAACCACUCAAGCAUGCAAAUGGAUCUGAGUGUUCGUGGUUCUAAAUGAUUGUCUUUCCCAAAGAACCCUUGAAGAUCUUUUCUGAGGGUGAGCUGAACCUUCUAUUGUCUUAAAGCUGCAAUAAACAACUGGAUUCUGUGGUUCUGUG